CCCGAGACUUGAGUCCAAUCGACAGGGUGAGGUUCUGCCAUCUAUUUCCGGACGUGUGAGAAUAGGGAUUCGAGUCGAUGGAUGCAUUUGGAGAUUCGGCGUAGAUUCCUCCGCAGCUGAUUUGUACGUGAGAGGUAUAAAAGACGCGGUGCAAGCGGGUCAGAAGGACUCGGCUUUUCUCGAGGAAGACCAAGUCGUCGAUAUCUGCAUCGGAUGGCCCUCCCUUGUUUGAUUGAGGGAGAGAAAGACACAGAUCGCUCAGAUCGUCACUCUGGUGAAGAGGUAACGUUCAGGAUGUCCGGACUCGAGACUACUCGAGACUAGCGACUCUUGGCAAUUCCCAGUGGAUCACGGCUGCGUGCCGACAUCAGCACGUGAUACUUGUGCGCUGCCUCGGGAAUCUACGACUUGGGAUCCUAUCAAAGUGUUUCACAGUGGCGAGAAACCUCCUCGCCCACUAUGCCUCCCAGAAAGAAAGCAGGAAUAAAUCCCAAGCAAAGCAAGCAGCAAUCCUUAUUAGACCACUUUAUUAAACGUCCUGCGUCCUCCGUAUUUCAAACAAUGCCAUGUGUCGAACACGACGGAAGCUCGAAAGAUGAGGCUCAACGCGCUGUACCAGAUUCGAGACAAGAGACCAGAGGUCGAAUUGAAUUGUCCGCCAUCGAGACUGCCAAUGUUGUCGACCUAGUUCCUCCCGAGUCGUCCAGUCCCAUCGAAAUACUCGAUGUUACAGACACAGAAGAGCAAGAAAUCCCCUCCCUACCUGCAGAAACCAGACAUACUGCCUCUGCAGCAUCCACGCCUCCUAGAACGCGUGUCAGCGAAAGCAUCAGAACCGACUCUUUUAUCAUAGAUCUCACGACGCCUGAUCCUUUGAGGGUGUCAAGGCCAAAUCAUGACAUCUUCGCUCCUCGACGGAAAACUGCAACGGCUUCGGAGGCGUUGCCUGCUUUGGCUCCGACCAAACCGAGCUCAGGGUCUCUCCGGAAAUCAACGACCGAUUCUCAUCGUCGACCAUUCCUUGCAAAGGCCGAAAUGAUCACACCAGCCCCCAACAAAGAAAACCAGCAUGUGAGAGGACAUCAGUCUCACUUCGUUACCACUGCAGCAGAUCUGCGCGGGACGCCGAAAAUCUGUGAUCCCUACCCGAUAACGCCGAUUUCUCUUUCGAGAGAGGUUGACGACCGUGAAUGGCAUACGCCUCCACCUUCGGAAACAGAUAUUGCAUUCUCGGAGAAGAAAAUUCUAGAAAGCAUUCCAUCUGUCCACCAAACCGAGCAUCCUGUUAUCCAACGAACCUGCGGUUACCGUGAGGGUCUCGCUGGGGCAGACCGGCUGUGGAGUGACGUCUGGCGGCCACUGGUCGCUGACGAUGUAUUGGGCAACGAGGACGAGGCCAGGUAUCUGAGAAAUUGGCUGCAAGCACUCGAAGUCCGGUCGGAACACCAGAAAAAAGAAGACGGUCCACGCGCUAAACGUCCACAAAUCAUCCGAACUGUCUCCCGGCCUCGCAAAAAGCGAAGAUUGACUCCGGACGAUAAUGGCUUCGUUGUUAGCGAUGCUAGCGACUACGCCUGGGAACCUGAGCCAGCAGGGGCAGACGACGAUGACUUCAUCCCCACGUCCGAUGCAGUGUUCGGCGCUGGUUCCAAGAGUGAUCUCAUGGGCAACACCAUACUGAUUACGGGACCACCUGGCUGCGGCAAAACCGCUGCCGUGUUCGCAUGCGCGGAUGAACUAGGAUGGGACGUCUUCGAGGUGUAUCCGGGUAUCGGGAAAAGGAACGGUGCUAGUCUCGAGGCCCUGAUCGGGGACGUUGGCAAGAACCACCUUGUUCGUCGAGCAGACCACGAGACUCGUACCGGCGAUCCUGAUGCCGCAGGCCUGGGACAAAAUACUCCGCGCCAAUCACUCAUCCUGCUGGAAGAAGUCGAUAUUCUUUUCAAGGAAGAUCAUGCCGUCGAUCUUCUGUCAUUCGUGGAUGCUUACAACACGCGACGUGAUGCACAGUGUCCAACGGCGCUGGCCUCGGCCGAAUUACAGUCAUCUGGGGAUGAAGAGACAGGUCAUUCACUGCUUGUAGAUGCGCUAUCGGAUGGUUUCGGGUCUUACAACUGGGAUGAACGGAUCAGGGAUACUCUUCUGGAUGUGACACAUGGAAUUGGGUGGGCUGCGGACCCGUCGCCGUGCUCCGAUUAUCUGCGGCUGGUCCGUGACUGGGCGAAUGACAAGACGUUGGCAAUUGGAGUCAUGGCCCGCCCUACGGUCCACUUGGAUUACAUACCCUGGGCCCGACACAUCGUUGCCGGGGAGGACAUGCAGGCCGAGGCCCAGGCCAGUCUCCCCGUCGUCGGGAGAGGCACGCGAAACAGUACACGACGAUUUUAUCGCAACUUGGAGCUCGAUGAGCCGCAGCGGCAUCUGCUGCAUGCGACAGCGCUCGAAGCUUGCAAUUAAUCAAUCCUAUUUGGGCUCUUACACGUGUCUUGAUUUUGAUUUUGGCGUUGUAUCGUGUUAGUAGAGUUACCAACGUUAGUUUCCCUGUGUACGCGGGAUUCUGAGAUCUCUCGUGUUGCAUAGAUCUUCUUGCUGUCCAACUGCCGUCAUUCUCGCUUCUGUUCCCACUACUUCAUUGGACGCCGCCGGGAACGUCCCGUUCAACCUUUAUCCAUGGCCACGGGCUCCCUCAAGCAGUCACACCACGGCCUGGCCAAUAAACCCUCCUCAAGGCAUUCCUCAGUCGCACCACUGCGACCCCCUGUGAGCCAGGGAUCGGACGAGGCCAGCCUGGCUCCCCUCGAGUUUCUCCAGAAUCAGCGUCGCGGAUCUAUAACAGACCCGUUCCUGCACGCUACACCCCGCCAGAGCAUCAACUCCCAGUUCUUUCGCCAGGACAAAAACAAUCCCUCAGAACCCCGACCCGCUUCACCGUACGUCUUUGGAUCGGCCGGCCAUGGGGAUGGAUCCCAUCUUCGGAAGCUCUUACGAUCUCCCUCCCCCAAUUCUCGGGAUACUGUGCUUUCGAGUGCUGGGAGUUUCCGUGGCUCAGGAACACCGAAGAAUGACACCUCAGACGCCAUGAACGUCGACGCCAUUGAGCAGCAUCCACCGACUGCACCCCAUCCCGCCCGAGCGAAGCUCAUGUCUCACGAAUCCCACACACCCUUCGACUACACCAUGAGACGGCAUUCCAUUGCCGUCGGACAAGACACGCACACGCGGUCGCCGUCUCGCCUGGGCGCACCCCAGGGACUCAAACGCAAAAUGUCUGCCGAUCCUUCCGCCUUUCCCGCAGUGGGCGAGGAAGGCGAUGUCCAGCAUGGAGGAGCUGGAGCAUCGGGCGGAAUGGACGUCGAUUCCGAGGCACCGGCGCCUAAGCGCCGUGGCUCGGCCAUCGACACACAGCGUAUCGCCCAACUAAGCCUCAAUGAUCGACGUGACUCACUGGACGCGCGUGGCUCUCAGUGGCGGUCGCCAAAUGACAGGCGAAGCUCCACCUCGUCGAUGUUCUCGAGCGUAUCCAGUGUCGGCGGCUAUAGCUCGCGUUUUUCCGAGAAUGAGUCGCCGCACGGACGUCCACCGCCCAGCAUAGCCUCGUUUUCUUGGCCUUCCCGUCCUUCUGAUUCACCGGGUGGAUUCUACAACGAGACAGAUGGCAGUCUGCCUGCAGCUUCUAAGAGCAAAGAAUCUGGGAUUAUCGUGGUCCCUCCCAUAAAUUUCCCUCCCGACCGGCGAAUGUCCAUCACGGACUCAUUGAGUGGACCGUCGGUCAAACAUCAGCGCUCCCGUUCGCCACGCCAGAAACCAAUGCGGAAGCUUCUAGCCAUGGUUCGCCGGACGAUUCCAGUCCUCCAACAACGGCUAAAUUGGGACCUAAGGAAAUCGGGACAGCACCGUACUCGCGGUCUCCUGAACUUCGCGUCUCGCAUAAGUUGGCCGAACGGAAAAGACGCAAGGAGAUGAAGGAGUUGUUCGACGAGUUGCGGGAACAGCUCCCCGCUGACCGCGGUCUCAAGGCAAGCAAAUGGGAGAUUCUGAGCAAAGCCAUCGACUUUGUUGCGCAGCUAAAACAAAGCCACCAAGAUAUGGCGCACGAGAUUGAGGUCCUGAGACGCGAGUUGGACACGUUCCGGCCGGGAUCGUAUCCCCCGCUGGCGAUUCCCCCGCAUGGAUUCUCGCAGUCGUCCAGCAGCAACGGCCCGGUCCACUCACCGUCACGUCCAAGCUCUUCCCAAAAUUCGUACUCCUCGACCGAAAAUGGCAGUCCACGUAGACGUGAAGAUUCUCUCAGUUAACCAUGUAUUCCUUUGUGUUGAACGUUUUUGUUGUGCGGACCAUUUGGAUGUGUAUGUACUUACUUUGACUGUCUAUGUAGGUAGGGUAGACAGACAUACAGAUCAAUGUAUGGGCCAGAGAACUAGAACAGCCCGAGUUAGUGAGAAAUGCA